AUGGACCGCCGCGUCUGCUUCUUCGUGCACACCCCCGACCAGCUCCGCUCCAUCCCCGCGCAGCACGCCAUCCCGCGGAACAGCACGCCCCUGUCCCCGCUCGCCGAGUCCUACGACGGCUCCCCGCUCCGGCGCCAGGCAUUCGAGACCUACCUCACCGGCAAGAGCGGCAUCAUGUCGUCCUCCCCCACCAGCACCCUCCUCUCCUCCACGCCCAAGUCGCCCCCGUCCGAGUCCCCGCCAAUGUCGCCCGACGCGCUCCGCCGCGGCUCAUGGCCCGGUGUGGGGUCCCCCGGCGUCAACGACGUCAUGGCCUCCCUCCACCAGCUGCGCCUCUCCAAGGCGCAGUCGUCCCCGUCCGGCGGCUGGACCAACAGCUACCACCUCUCCGCCGCCGCGGCGUACGGCUCCCCCAAGGGCGGCGGGGGCCUCUACAGCCUCCCCACCACCCCCAUGGCCACUUCGACCCCCGCCGCCACCUUCAUGGCCAACCUGGAGCCGCUCAACCUCCGCUUCAUGGACGACGACGAGCCGGUGCAGAGGGUGGAGUCCGGACGGGCACUCCGCGAGAAGGUGUUCGAGCGGCUCUCCAGGGACGGCGCCGUGUCCGGCAGCAGCUGCUACAGCGCUGGCCCCGACGUCGGCUGGGUCUCUGACCUCAUCAACUGA